AUGAACCGCUUCAUCACAAAAACUAAACCACAACAAACUAACAAACGUGAUGUUGCUCAAAAGCGUCCAGCACCGGUUGGAGAUGAAAAUACACCGACCGCUUCUUCUGAUAUUAUCCAAGAGUCACCAAACAAAAAGGCGGAAGAGACUUCUCUAAUGGCGAAAUUGCACACAGCGAUUCGCCACGGCGAUGCUCAAUUCACAUUCGACACUCUUUCGAAAAAUCGGCCGUUCGAUAAUGCAAUGAAUAAAACAAUGACAAAAAUGGAAUUCUCCCCAUCUUACUCUGCUCCAGGAUCCGAAUUCAUGCUUCUCAGUGUUGAUGAAUCAGUUGUGAACGCCUUCAAAGAGGGACAAGGGCUGACAAUUCGCGGAGAGACAACAGAUGAAGCAGUUCUUUGUACGGAUGACUCAACAUUCCCGAUGAAAAUUAUAGAAUCUGCUACAACUGUUCUCCUACUUCAUAACUCACUGGAGGCUCCCGAUUCGCCGACUCUCCCGAAUUUUCAAGUAGAAAUGAUUGACGGGAAAUGCUAUGCGACCGGUGAACUCUGUCCAGUUGUGGAUGUGCUCAAUGUGGGUCGCCUCAAGGAUAUGCUCCGUGAGCAAGAACUACGAUGGGACUGGAAGGGUAGAGAAGAGGAGGAAAAGCUGAAAGGAUACCGACUAAGAGACCUUUUGGAUAGUGUUCAAAUGAGUGUUGAAGAAGUGAAAACUGCGUUGAUCGACCUGCCAGUUGUGAAGUUUCCCAACGGAAAAUAUCGAUAUUUGUCGCAUAAGUUCCGUGGAGAAAUGCUAGGUUUAAUUGUUGAAAUGAUUGAUGAGGACUCAAAUAAUGAUGUGAAACUUGAAUCGAUUUCAUUCGACGGACUACGGAAACAUCUUCCUGAAAAUGUACCGGAUCAAGUGAUUGAAUGGUUCCUAAAAUCGAGAUGCGAGAAGAUUCCGGAUAAGAAUGAGUACCGUCUCCCGGAAGAAAAUUUGAUUCGAGACCUGACUGUUGUCAUUCUAUACGGAACUGGCAAAAUGCCAUUGAAUCAGUUCAGUGAGCUGCUUGGAAAGAUUCUUCCGUUUGGAGUCGAAGUGAAAGAAACUGUUUUCGAAGGAAUCGCUGAUAUUUCUGAUGCUUCAUUUGGAAAAGUUAUCACCUAUUUGGGACCUGAAGAUCUUCCGGAUACUGUCAAAGAGAGAAUGUUGCAUCUCUUCGAAUAUCGAAAACUUUGGUCAAUGGAACAACUUCGUCCAUAUUUCAAAGAUGUUUACAAAUCGAAAGUGUCUUUUGAUAAAUAUGUUGUUCAAAAUUGUGAAUACUCACUUUCCGAAACUGGUGAAAUGUUGUAUUGUGGUGUGAGAUAG